AUGCCUGCCGCCGCCCCGCCGCCCCCUCUGCGCCCUGCAGCGGGGCCGGGGGGCUCCUGUGGCUGCCCCUACGCCCACCAUCCCGAACCUCGAGGAUUUUUUGACCACACUUUAAACUGUAUUAGCUCAAAUAUAAUGGAGAGGAGACUACAAGGUACUUGUCCACCAAUUGGGCGUGGAAGUUUUGGAAAGCCCUUCUUUGGUACAAACUGUUUUAGUUCCCCAUUCAUAAAUUCCCGGACUGGUUUCCACACUAUCCAUUCUGAGAAUAGCCCUGUAAAGCCAAGGAUUGUCACUGUAGUAAAACCUUGCGGGCACAUGGUCAGAAAGAUAACAUUGCUUCUAAAUCGGCGUUCUGUUCAGACGUUUGAACAACUGAUUGCUGACAUCUCAGAAGCCCUGGGAUUUCCACGAUGGAAGAAUGACCGUGUGCGGAAAUUAUAUAAUUUGAAAGGAAGGGAAAUCAGAAGCAUUUCUGAUUUCUUUAGAGAAGGCGAUGCAUUUAUAGCUAUGGGGAAGGAACAGCUAACUCUGAAGAACCUUGAAGUGGCACUCCAAGAACUUUAUCCUGAAAACCCUUAUGCUCCUCUUACUGGAGCUACACAAAACUGGGAUCAAGUAGAUAAAACCAAAAACAGGCUAUAUGAAAAGGCUUCUAAAGCAGAAAACAGCCUUGAGCCUAUAGCCACCAAGAACUGUAUGGAUGUUGUCUCUCCUAAACUAAUUAACAGACAUGAAGUAAAGGCCCAAACCAAGGCCAGACAAGAGGAGAAGGCAAGGGCCAAAAAGAAAUGGCUCAGAGACAACUGGAAUGGAGAGCAAGAUGUGAAGCCUAGGAAAGCUAGAGAAACUGAGAGAUAUUUUAACCAAGAGAAAUGUCCUGAAAGUGAAUCAGAAAAGAGUUCAGACCUGGUUGUCAGAUGUGAGAAGUGCCAAAGAGAGAGACAACUCAUGCAAAAACUGCAGAAGGAAAGACAGACUGAUCUUCCUUUUGACAGCAGAGACUUGGAUAUGAGAACGUGUCAGAGAUACAAUGUAGAAAGGCCUGCAAAAUUGAGAAAUUGCAGGAAAUUGAUGGAAAAUUCAGUGGAAGAAGCCAAAAUUACAUGGAAUGAUGCUGGUUGUCAAGAUUCCUGGACAUCCUCACACUGCCAUGUCAGCAAAGAUCCUGAGAAGCAAAAGAGAAGCAUUGGCAGAGAGCAAACCCUGGAAAACCAUGACGAUCACGAUGAAGAAUUAGGAAAGAUGAAGAUGAAGCCCAUAGAAACUCAGCGUACCAUAGUAGGAGAUGCCUAUGAACUAAAGAAGGAACACAGAAAAUGUUCUAGAGUGAAUCAAAGCUGUUGGCUGAUCAAGGGUUCUCAGAUGGAUGCCGAGAAGCCAUCAAAAGCUCAGGGGAAGAGAGAAGAGGUACGGAAAUCAAAAGAGGAAACUAUCGGAGAAGUGAAAUUGGGGCAUGGGGAGAGUGAACUGAUUAGGCAAGAAAGGGAAGAAGAAAUUAAACUCAACAAAGAGGGGAGCAAGAAACGUAGGGCCAGUGACUCAAAGUUGAGACAUGAUGUCUCUUGCAGAGCAGAUGUGGAGAAGUGCUACAAAAUUGGUCGAACCCUUGGAGAUGGGAACUUUGCUGUUGUGAUGGAGUGUCAUCACCACAGCACCAAUCAGAACUAUGCUAUGAAAAUCAUUGAUAAGUCCAAGCUGAAAGGAAAGGAAGAUAUGCUAGAAAAUGAAAUCUUGAUCAUCAAGAGCCUCUCUCACCCCAACAUCGUAAGCUUGAUUGAAGUUUUUGAAACAGAUGCAGAAAUCUACCUAAUCUUGGAGUUUGUUCCUGGCGGGGACCUGUUUGAUGCCAUAAUAGAGAGUGUGAAAUUCACGGAAAGUGAUGCUGCUCUCAUGAUGACUGACCUGUGUGAAGCUCUAGUUUAUAUUCACAGCAAGAACAUUGUUCAUAGAGAUCUCAAGCCAGAAAAUCUUCUGGUUCAGCGUAAUCCAGAUAAAACGACUACAUUGAAGUUAGCAGAUUUCGGCCUUGCAAAGCAGGUGAAGAAACCUAUAUUCACUGUGUGUGGAACUCCGACUUACGUUGCUCCUGAAAUACUUGCUGAGAAAGGCUAUGGACUAGAAGUGGACAUGUGGGCUACUGGUGUAAUACUCUACAUUUUGCUUUGCGGCUUCCCCCCUUUCCGAAGUCAUGAACGAGAUCAAGAGGAGCUAUUUCAGAUCAUACAACUUGGGCAUUAUGAAUUUCUCUCACCAUACUGGGACAACAUUUCAGCUGCUGCAAAAGACCUAAUAAGCAGACUCCUUGUGGUUGACCCCAAAAAGCGUUUCACUGCUCAGCAAGUUCUACAGCAUCGGUGGAUCCAUACAGCUGGGAAAAACAGCAGCAGAAACCUCCAAAGGGAGGUGACCAUCAAUCUUGAGCGCCACUUUCGGAGCCAACGCAAGACAGAAGCUGCCAAUGAAGACUCAUAA